AGGGGGCGCCAGGCCGCCGGAGAGGAGGCCAUGGGCGCUCGAGGGGCGCUUCUGCUGGCGCUGCUGCUGGCGCGAGAGGGACUCGGGAAGCCGGCGUCGCCGGAGGGGGAGCUGUUGUCAGGACCAUGCGGCCAACGGAUCAUCCAGACGCGCAUCCUGGGUGGAGGCAACGCCGAGCUCGGGCGUUGGCCAUGGCAGGGGAGCCUGCGCCUGUGGGAUUCCCACGUUUGCGGAGCGAGCCUGCUCAGCCGCCGCUGGGCACUCACGGCGGCGCACUGCUUUGACUCCUAUGGUGACCAUGGUGAUUCCUCUGGGUGGACGGUCCAGUUUGGCCAGCUGACUUCUGUGCCAUCCUUCUGGAGCCUGCAGGCCUAUUACACCCGUUACUUCGUGUCGAAUAUCUAUUUGAGCCCUCGAUACCUGGCGAAUUCACACUAUGACAUUGCCUUGGUGAAGCUGUCUACACCUGUCAUCUACACUAACAAUAUCCAGCCCAUCUGUCUCCUGGCCUCCACAUUUGAGUUUGAGAACCGGACGGACUGCUGGGUGACCGGCUGGGGGAACAUCCAAGAGGAUGAGGAGCUGCCGUAUCCUUACACCCUCCAGGAAGUGCAGGUCGCCAUCAUAAACAACACCAUGUGCAACCACCUCUUCCUAAAGUCCGAUUUCCGCACUGACAUCUUUGGAGACAUGAUUUGUGCUGGCAAUGCCCAAGGCGGGAAGGAUUCCUGCUUUGGUGACUCAGGUGGACCAUUGGCCUGUGAAAAGAAUGGAAUGUGGUAUCAGGUUGGAAUUGUGAGCUGGGGAGUGGGCUGUGGUCGGCCCUAUCGGCCCGGUGUCUACACCAAUAUCAGCGAGCACUUCGGGUGGAUCCAGAAGCUGAUGGCCCAGAGUGGCAUGGCGCGGCCAGACCCCUCCCGCCUGCUGCUCUUUCUCCCUCUUCUCUGGGCUCCCCCACUUCUGCAGCCGGCCUGAGCCCACCUGAGCCCAUGCAGGCUGGGGCCACUGCUAAGUCAGGCCCUGGUUCUCUUCUGUCUUGUUUGGUAAUAAACACAUUUGAGGUGACGCCUUGCAGAGCAUU